AUGCUUAGCAAUGAUGUGAGUAUCCUUUUUGGAUAUGGUAACGGCUCAUUUGCAAAUCAAAUUACAUAUUCAACUGGUUCCGAUGGAAGAGCUGUGGUUGUUGGUGAUUCUAACAAAGAUACUCGACUGGAUAUCGUUGCCAUUAAUUAUAUGAGCAAUGAAAUCAGUGUCCUUCUUGGAUAUGGCAAUGAUUCCUUUGCUAAUAAAAUUACAUAUUACAUUGGUUUUUCUUCCUCCUCCAUAGCCGUUGGGGAUUUGAAUAACACAAUACUCGAGUAUUCAACUGACUCUUCUUCAUUCUCCAUAACUGUCGCUGAUUUCAACAACGAUACUCGACUUGAUAUUGUGGUUGCUAAUUCUGCUUCGGGAAAUAUAAGUAUUUUUCUGGGAUAUGGCAAUGGUUCAUUUGCAAAUCAAACAACCUAUUCAACAGAACGCGACUCAUAUCCGUACUUUGUAGCUGUUGUCGAUUUUAACAACGAUACCACGCUUGACAUUGUUGUCGUUAAUCAAGGUAGCAAUAGUUUAGGAACAUUCCUCGGAUAUGGCGAUGGUACUUUUUUAAGUAUGACUCUGAUUUCAAUGGGUUACGGAUCAGUUCCAUUUUCUGUUCUGAUUGGUGACUUCAACCAUGAUAGAAAUAUGUGA